GUUACUUUUCUUCUUUCUUGGCAUUGCCCCGUUUAAUUACUGCCAUGAGCGACAAAGAAAGUGCCUUAGCAAACUACAUACUGUCAAAUAUUCAACAAAACUUGUCCUUUUUGAAGGAUCAGAACUACCUUUCUGUCCAAGCUCAUGAUGAAAUCUCAAGACUUUUGCCUAGAAGCAUAAACGUCACAUCUGGAACGGAGAUGCCCAUGCCUCGCAAUUCAGCUGCUAAUAUACCUCCUCCCAACCCACGACCGAACUCUUUCAAAACAACUCCCCCACCCAGACGCACACCUGGAGCCGAAAUGAGCGAUGUGAAGAAGCAAUUUCCAAUUCCAAAGCCUGCACUGCCUAACAAUGGCUUCAAUAAUACGGAAAAGCCUCCUUUCAUGGGUAUGCCAGCAAAGGAAGCGGAACCUAUUCCUCCAGCGUACUCUUUAACAUCUGCAGAAGCAUUAUAUGACUACCAAGGCCAGGAUCACGAGGACCUCACCUUUAGAAAAGGCGAUAUUAUCGAAGUUACGGAAUUUGUGAAUGACGAUUGGUGGAGAGGCAAGCUCCACGGAAAAUCUGGCCUUUUCCCCCAAAAUCAUGUCGUCAAAAUUGAGAAUCCAGCCAGCAAAGCCAAAGCUAACAAUCAGUUCCCACCGCCUCCAAGUGGUUCACCCUACGGAGCUCCUCCUCCUCCAGCUAAUCCCUACGCUAGUCCAGCUACUAGCUCUCUGCCUUACAACUACCCUCCACCUCCAGCCAUGUACCAGCCCCCACCUGCUGGAGGUUAUGCUCCGUCUCCGCCACCAGGUCAGGCUGUAUAUGCAGCUCCUGUUCAAGGCGAAUCAUCGGCCGAAGAAAGUAAGGGCAAAAAGUUCGCAAAGAAAUUCGGGUCACAAGUCGCCUCAGGCGCUGCUUGGGGUGUUGGUAUGUCAGCCGGUAGCGAACUUGUCCAUUCCAUUUUCUAAGGGCUUAAAGCCAAGAUAAAAAGUGUAUCUCAGAGGCUAUUAGAUUGAGAAGAUCACAUUGUGCGCGUAAACAUUGUCAAAUAAAGAUCCAUCUUUUGUCCCAAUUCUGGUAA